CUUCAAUAACCUUAAUUUCUUCUCUUUCUCUCUUCUUGCGGUAUAGCUAUAUAUACACAUAUAUAUAUACAUCGUCUGACAAAACCAUACCUCCAUAAUUGUUGUUAGCUCCUCUCUCUGACAUUUCUGUAUCAAUUCCAACAAUGUCUAGCAGACGAUCACGUUCCAGGCAGUCUUCAGGUACUUCUAGAAUAAGUGAUGACCAGAUCGCCGAUCUGGUUUCCAAGUUACAACAACUUAUCCCCGAACUUCGCGCAAGGCGAUUGGACAAGGUGUCGGCCUCCAAAGUCUUGCAGGAGACGUGCAACUACAUAAAGAACUUACACAGAGAAGUGGACGAUCUCAGUGAUCGCUUAUCUGAGCUCUUGGCAUCAACAGACUCGGACAGUGCUCAAGCAGCCAUAAUUAGGAGUUUACUUAUGUAAUAUUAUUACUCAUUAGGGGGCUUCUUCUACAUUUAUAUAUACAUGUAGGCCAAGAGAAGGGUUAAUUAAGCUGAGCUUAUAUGCUCCACCUGUAACCCAUAGCAAGGGAUUAUAUAAGUAC